ACCGCAUCCGGGGACAAGCACGACGCUCCACAAGAUGCAGUCAAACGGUCUGCCAUUGAUCUAUCGUCUGUCGAAGAGGGUGACAAAUCUCUGGAAUGUACUUCUGCAGGAUGUGGUGGAAGAGCCAAACGACAACAUUUUCAAGCUAAAACUCGACAGAGCUAUGCAGGAGCGCUGAUGGUCCAUUUCACCUCUCAAGCAGUAAAGUCCUUUUGUACGAAACUUUAUGAAAAGGUUUUGGAAUCCCAGAGAGAACACUACGAGAAUGUUUUUAUCUCUCCGGUGAGUAUUUAUGCUGCGAUGGCCAUGGUUCUCGCCGGAAGUGAAGGCGAAACCAAGCGAGAAAUUCUCUCAGCACUACAACUACCCACUGACAUUGGAAAUGACGGAGUCCACAACGCAAUCGGAAGUUUUGUCUCUGGUUGUUUUCAGUCCACACCCGGUGUGACAGUAUCUGUUGGAAACCGAGGUUUUGCAAAACACGAUGUAAUUAUCGUCCCACAAUACCAAGAGAUGUUGAGCAAGAAUUAUGGGGCAGUUUUGGAGAAUAAUGUGAGCAAACCACCUCAGAUGGCUGCAUUGUGUAAAUACUGGCAUUCGUCAGUUGUUGAGGCAGCAUCCCUACACGUCUUCGUUCGAUAUCUGGUUUGUGUGUUAUUUUUUGUUACUCAGAGCCACCAAUGGUCUGUCGUUCCUGAUCUUCUGAAAUCCCCUUUUCAACAAGGGUUCACAGUCAUAUGUUAUCACUGCAUUGUGAAGUCAAAAUUUGGUCCGAAGGCUCAUUUCACUCUGUGUUCAAAUAAUCUCGAGAAGCAUGAGGAAUGUCAUCCUUGCGUGAUCGAUGCAAACGAGAAUAUCAUCUUUAGCCUAAUUGAUGGGUGGAAUCAUCCACCAGAGGUACUUGAGGAAAUCGACGCGCUCGAUUGCUUCAUCAUUGAUUGUCGUUUGUUGAAUGUGGACAGUUUGGGCGAAGGUCGCAAACGUCUUCGUCUUCCACUUAUUUGCUUCUGGUCCAGUCGUCAUUAA